AUGGCCGUACAAGGAGCUGGUGACGAUGUGGAUGUCAAGGACGAGUUCGAAACUCAGCAAGACGAAAGCUUUUUUUUCCGCGCGAGACCCAGGGAACACGUUCUGGACAUCAUGGACCUGAGCCCUAUACGAAGAAUGUCUUUUGGACGGGUCUCUUCACCGGCUUCUACAGUCCCCUCUGGAACGGACUUUGACGGCGAGUGCCUGGACCUGGAUGGGGACACAUGCAUGGCAGAUGAAACCAAAGCGACCUCGCCCGAAUCCAGUGCGGAGAAUAAUGAAGGCCAGGAAGAGUCCCUGAGGAAAAACACAGAGGCGAUAGCAGAGCAGGGCACUGAACCCCAAUCGGAGAUCGAUGGUUCGCAAUUCGAAGAUUCCAGUGAAAAAUUAGCUCCUGCCCACAUCGAAGACACCUUAGAGCCUGCAAACCAUACGCCCAUCGAAGUGCCAGAACGCUUGGAAGCCGCCCCUCCGAGCCUGUCAACUGAGCAGGGUGUUGUCGCUGGAGUAGUGGCUGAUAGAUUGAGCCAAGAACCGACGGUUGUUGCACACUCUGUAUCCCAAGAAGAGCAGGACAAAGAAUCAGCCAAUGGUGCAGCCGGCGUCCCGUCACCAACACCGGCGAACCAACCUCUAGGGUCAAUUCAGUCCGUCAUUCAGCCUUCGUCGUCGCAAAGCAGCACCAUGCCAAAGGCCUUCCCCCAAAGCCCUUGGUUCAAGCUGAGUCAGUUCGCCACAAGUAUUCCCUGCCCUGCCGGUAGGUCUGACGAGGGCCAUGGACGGCCAUCGGUGGCUUCAACAGAUAGGCAAUCCACAUCGGAGUCUGCGAAGCCUUGCACUCAACAAGAGGUUGAGCCGUUGCGUAUGCCUGGCAGUGCGAGAAUCGAGGAGAUGAUCAGUCAACACAACAGUCCUGCGGUACCAGCCUCUCAACAGAGUCCGUGGAAGGCGGAUGUACCAGCUAUUGCUCCGCCUCAGCAGAAAAAGUUCACCACGAAGGGCGACGAUGAGAUCUUUGUGGAUCCCAACUGUCAAAGUCCUUGGACUGCGAGUCCUGAAAGAAUGCGUCAGGCCGCGCAACAAGCGUUGAUGUCCAACUUUCUCAAGGUCGCAAGACCCGUGUCACCCUCGCCGCUUGCUCCACUAGCUUCUCUACCAGCUUCCAUGGAACAUGAUGCGCUUGUCGCCAAUUGGGCCUCCGAAAGUCAACAACCAGUUGCCGCCGAGACAGUAAGGUCAAGCUCUCCUGAACCAGUCUUUUCCAUCAAAUCUUUUGCGAACUUCAUGUCUCCCUCGCCCGAAAAACCUCGCCGUCGGCCCAAUAAGAUCCGCUUGAGUGACGGUCACCUACCCAGCACUCAAAACCUGAUCGCCGCCACGACGGAUAACCCCUGGGACAGUGUGCAAAAGUCGCAUAAACGAGUCAAAUGGGCACCGUUGCCUGAUGAAGACGAUGGCGACGAGGACCGGGGCCCUCAGACGCCCACAGGGCUUAGAGCCUCCUCUCCUCCGCCAGAGAUGGCAGUAGCUGACCUACCAACCGGAGAUGAUGACCAGUACCAGAAGCACUUCCAGGCUGUUUCACGACGCAAGAACCUUCACCACCACCUCUUGCCGUCCGCGUCUCAGCAGGUUCUGGAGAGCCCAGGUCCCAUGGCCAUGGCGGAGGCCUUUGUCGCAGCAGAUUCCUUCACAGCACCUCCAGCCUCUGAAGCAGCCAUGUCUGCUGACAAAACACCCUCGUUGCCGAAGAAUCCCGAGAGCCAGGGAUCCGCAUUCGAUGAUGUUGACGAUGUUCUGCGUAACCUUAACGAGUUUAUCACAAUGGUUGACGUUGAGGCUGAUCUGGCGAGGGCCAAAGAGGAGGAGCAAAAGGAGAACGAGAGGCGACAGCAACAACAGCAACAAAGUCAGGGGCCAGGCGGUGUCUUUGCCGGCAGGCUCAGUUUUGACGGGAUGAUGGAUGCAGGAGUAUGGGAAUGA